AUGGCGCAACUGUCCUUCGUAGUGCAGAUAGUUCCCAGCUGGUUCCUGGGAGUAGACGGCUUUUUUAACCUUCGGAAGGAGAGCAUGACACUGGAGCUGUACCCCUACGAUGCAGGCACUCACAGCGGCUUCACCUUUUCCUCUCCCAACUUUGAGACCAUUCCUCAGGACAAAGUCACACAGAUAACGUCAUCUUCUCCAAACCAUCCUGCCAACUCCUGCUAUUACCCCCGUCUGAAGAAUCUGACCCCCAUGGGCAAGGUCACCCUUACAAAGAUCAACAGCAACCAGAUCUUCAGCAUACUCAUGGAGCCCACCCAGUUCAACCAGACUGGCAAUGAGAUUGAGGACUCAUUCAUAAGUAAUCAAGACACAUAUUCCACCCCUCUGGACUGUGAGGUGUCUGUAUGGUCACCCUGGGGCCUGUGCAAAGGCAAAUGCGGAGACUCAAGUGUGCGCAACAGAACACGCUACAUCCACCUACAACCAGCUAACAAUUGGGUAGUCUGCCCCCCACUGGAAGAGGAGAUUAAAUACAUCUCUAACAACUGCUUAUGUCUGGCCGGCAGGAGUAAGAAACAGAAAAGAAGAGGCCUUGCAAGACGACAAAGACGACGAAAGAUACGUCCGUCAUCUCCACUGGAGAAGCCCAAGCUGUAAAGAUAGACCCUUUUCUCUCUGGGCCGCCUAGUGUAUUCGCUGGGAACAGCGGAGGGUGGUGAAGGGAGGAAUGCUCAUAGUAAUGGCUGGAAUGGAAUAAAUGGAACGGUAUCAAGCACUUGGACACCAGCCACUUUAAAUUGGGAAAGAUGGGAAAGCCACUGGGAAAGAUUUAUAAAUGGGUCACAGACAGGCAAUUAUUGGGAAGCCAGAGAAAUUAAGAGGUUGUCUUGAAACUUUCCCCAUAGGGCCUAGUUUCUCCUUGUUCCCCUACGUCAUUGGCCUAAUAGCUGCCAAAACCUCAGAGAACAGGGAAAUCAUGGUGCUUCAAUGGAUCCAGUACUUGCAAUAGACCAGAUUGGAGUUCAGAAUUGCAUUGUAAGAUGCAGUUCAAUUACAACUAUUGUCUUAAACAUUGUGCAGUGUGCAUUUAAGUGUUUACAAAUAAAGCAUUGUUUUCCAUGA